AUGGUGUCUAAACUGAGCCAGCUGCAGACGGAGCUUCUGGCGGCCCUGCUCGAGUCAGGCCUGAGCAAAGAGGCGCUGAUCCAGGCCUUGGGGGAGCCGGGGCCCUACCUGCUGGCCGGAGAUGGCCCCCCGGACAAGGGGGAGUCCCGCGGCGGUGGCGGUCGGGCGGAGCUGGCCGAGCUGCCCAAUGGGCUGGGGGAGGCAAGGGGCUCCGAGGACGAGACGGACGACGAUGGGGAAGACUUCACGCCGCCCAUCCUCAAAGAGCUGGAGAACCUCAGCCCCGAGGAGGCGGCCCACCAGAAGGCCGUGGUGGAGACCCUGCUGCAGGAGGACCCGUGGCGCGUGGCCAAGAUGGUCAAGUCCUACCUGCAGCAGCACAACAUCCCACAGAGGGAGGUAGUCGACACCACUGGCCUCAACCAGUCGCACCUGUCCCAGCACCUCAACAAGGGCACCCCCAUGAAGACACAGAAGCGAGCGGCCCUGUACACCUGGUACGUCCGCAAGCAGCGAGAGGUGGCGCAGCAGUUCACCCACGCAGGGCAGGGUGGGCUGAUUGAAGAGCCCACAGGUGAUGAGUUGCCGACCAAGAAGGGGCGGAGGAACCGUUUCAAGUGGGGCCCAGCCUCCCAGCAGAUCCUGUUCCAGGCCUACGAGAGGCAGAAGAACCCCAGCAAGGAGGAGCGAGAGGCACUGGUGGAGGAGUGCAAUAGGGCGGAGUGCAUCCAGCGGGGGGUGUCACCAUCGCAGGCACAGGGGCUGGGCUCCAACCUCGUCACGGAGGUGCGCGUCUACAAUUGGUUUGCCAAUCGGCGCAAGGAAGAAGCUUUUCGGCACAAGCUGGCCAUGGACACAUACAGCGGGCCGCCACCAGGGCCAGGCCCGGGCCCUGCACUGCCAGCCCACAGCUCCCCGGGACUGCCCCCGCCCGCCCUCUCCCCCAGUAAAGUCCACGGUGUGCGCUAUGGACAGCCGACAACCAGCGAGGGGGCAGAAGUGCCCUCAAGCAGCGGUGGUCCCUUGGUGACGGUGUCUGCACCCCUACACCAAGUGUCCCCCACGGGCCUGGAGCCCAGUCACAGCCUGCUGAGCACCGAAGCCAAGCUGGUCUCAGCAACCGGAGGCCCUCUCCCCCCUGUCAGCACCCUGACAGCUCUGCACAGCUUGGAGCAGACAUCCCCAGGCCUCAACCAACAGCCCCAGAAUCUCAUCAUGGCCUCACUUCCUGGGGUCAUGGCCAUUGGGCCCGGUGAGCCCGCCUCCCUGGGGCCCACCUUCACCAACACAGGUGCCUCCACCCUGGUCAUUGGCCUGGCCUCCACUCAGGCACAGAGCGUGCCGGUCAUCAACAGCAUGGGCAGCAGCCUGACCACCCUGCAGCCAGUCCAGUUCUCCCAGCCACUGCACCCUUCCUACCAGCAGCCACUCAUGCCCCCCAUGCAGAGCCACGUGGCCCAGAGUCCCUUCAUGGCCACCAUGGCCCAGCUGCAGAGCCCCCACGCCCUCUACAGCCACAAGCCUGAGGUGGCCCAGUACACCCACACGGGCCUGCUUCCGCAGACUAUGCUCAUCACCGACACCACCAACCUGAGUGCUCUGGCCAGCCUCACGCCCACCAAGCAGGAGGCUGCUCUGUUCCCCCAGGUCUUCGCCUCAGACACGGAGGCCUCCAGUGAAUCCGGGCUGCAUACGCCGGCGUCUCAGACCACCACCAUCCACAUCCCCAGCCAGGACCCCGCUGGCAUCCAGCCCCUGCAGCCCACCCACCGGCUCAGCGCCAGCCCCACCGUGUCCUCCAGCAGCCUGGUGUUGUACCAGAGCUCCGACUCCAACGACGGCCACAGCCACCUGCUGCCAUCCAACCACAGUGUCAUCGAGACCUUCAUUUCCACACAGAUGGCUUCAUCUUCCCAGUAA